GUGGACCUUCAUUAAACUACUGUGGCCAUUUACAACAAUCAAUUAUCUAUGCUCUUAAAAUACUUAAAAGUUUGUAGUAUAUUCCCCUGAUAUCUAAUUUUUUUCCCCUGGAUUAGAGCUUUUUAUGUUUUUGACAGCCAUUAUUAAAUUUGCUAUUAAAGUUUUUAUUGCAAAUUUUUUUUAGUAACCAAAUUAGUGUUAAAGAUAUGUUAUAUUUUUAUUUUUAUUCCAAAUCAUAGUCAUAACUACUUAUUAAAAGAAUGUCUGUACCAAAUCAUCCUAUCAAGAAAUAUGGUAUAGGCCUGCAGUACAUUAAUGAUAAUUUUUCAGCAAACCUUCCAUUGCCUUCCGGAAUUCCGGUAUUAAAGGGUCAUGUUAUGUUCACUUAUUAUUCCAAUGGGUCCAGUUUAAUUAAAACAUUUAAAGCACUGAAGAAAAAUACCAACUUCGUUUACAAACACAGAGUUAGAAAAGUAAUUAACAACUUUAAGGAAUUCAAAAAUAUAUCAACUGUUAAAAGAUUUCAGCGCUAUAAAUCUCUUUGUCAUGAGCCUUUUGAAAUUAAACCAGAUAUCAAGCAGUCUAAUAAAAUAAACUAUUCCCUUGUUCCUGUAAAUGUUGAACCUUCUACCACUAAUUGUGCAUCGUGUGUAUCUCUUAGAUUAAGGUUGCAUAAAGCCAUCAGUGAUAGAGUUUUUAUGAACAAAAAAAAUGCUGAACGUAUAAACAGUCUAAAAAGUCUGUUACAAAAACAAAAACAUAUGCGAGUUCUAAACCAAAAGCUGAAGCGAAAAGAGGUGCAGAUACUUAAGCUUAAAAAACAUAUGUAUGAUCCAGAAUACAGGUUGAGAAAAAUCAUUAAAAUGUUAAGAAAAAAAUGCAAUUAUUUAAUAAAUAAAGCAAAAAAAGCAAAACAUUUUCAAAUAGAAAUCAAUUCUGAGCUUCAAAAUGUUAAACAAUUGCAUCAACAACUUCAAGAAAAAGAAAAAUGUAUAACUACAUUGCAAAUAAAUAAUUCAAUCCUUGAAGAAAAUUUAUGUGAAAAAAAAACUUCUCCCCAAUGUUCAAAAAUAGAUCAUAAAUCAUACACAUUCAAAUUAAGGUUGUUUGUUUAUGAUGCAAUUGUUAAUCAAGUGCCAACAAAAAAUAUUCCAAUAAUAUUGGAGAAUUUUUCUCAAAGAUUUGGUUUUAAGUUUGAAUCAGUACCUUGUCGCAGUACAGUUGAAUUUAUGGUAAGGGAGUUAGGAAUAAUAACUGACUAUCAAGUAUCAGAAAAAUUAUUGUCUAAUAAAAAUGUUACACUUGGCUUUGAUUCCACCACACAAGAGGGUAUCCAUAUUAAUUCUAUACAUUUUACUACACAAUACGAGUGUUUUGUUAUGGCUGUUGACCAGUUAGCAGGUGGUACUGCUGUUGAUUACCAUCAACAUAUAAUUAAUACGGUAGAUCAUCUUGCUCUUGUUUCAUCAGAGUUUAACAGUACAAACUAUCAAGAAACUCGUAAAGCAAUGAUAAGUAAUAUUGUUAAUACAAUGACUGAUAGAGUAAAAGUAAAUCAUGCAACUAUUGAAUUGUUGAAUGAAUCGUGGGAUAAAUCAUUGAAUGAGCUUAAUUGUCAUCUACAUCCUUUAGAAACCAUAUCCACUAUGUGUUGUUUAACAUUAAAAAAAUUAGAAAAUGUUUCUGGAAAACUUUUUGGAAAUAAAUGCCUUGCAAGUAAAAUUAUUUUACAAAUGAACAAGAUGAGGUUUGUUAAUGGAAAAGGUGAUCCCAAAGGCUUUUCUUUAUUCUUAGAAUCUGAAGGUUUUCCACGUGGUUUGAUUUCAUGAUACCGUGGAAAUCGUCUGCAUAUCUUAUUUCACUUGGCGGGAGUUUAUUUUGCACAUCAUGAAACUUUUAAAAAAUUUUUAGCUACUGGUACAGUUAAAUGUGGUGGCUUACAAACAAGUUUACGGGAAGAUUUCUCAACUGACAUUGCCUUAUCAGAACUUCAAGUUCUUGGAAUUUUGGGUAAACUAUUCACUGGUCCUUGGAUGAAGAAAUUUUAUACCUCAGUAGAAAAUCAAGUUCAUCAUCUAUAUGGAGUUAAUAUAGUUCAAGCUGUUAUUAAUGUUUUAAAAAAUACUAUGGUCCCAUUAGAUUUGUUAACUUGUGCAAAUGACUUUUUUGGAGAAGAAUUACCAAAUAAUAGCCUGCUUCUUUCAUUAAGAAAAAAACCAUUGAAUGAAGAAAUGUUCUGUAGGCAAAUGUCUGCAUGUCUAACUUGCUGUGUGGAUGUUCUUCACAGACAAUAUAAACGUUAUUUCAAAAUAGAAAUAACAAAAGGUCUUUUGAUUGAAACAAGAUCUGCUAGAGUAAAUAACAUCGAUGCAGAGGAGGUUAUGGGCAUGUUUAGUGCUGCUAAAAAACGUUCCCCUAAUGCUACUUUGUGCUAUUUGUCAUCUCGAAUACGAGCACAAAAAAACAAUGUUCUUGCUUUUAUUGAUUCAUGCAAUGAAACAAAACAGGAACAAAUUAUAAAUUUUGCAAUUUCAUAUGGAAGAAAAAAAAGGCAGCAAAAUUGUAGUCAGUACUUAGAAUUGCGAAAAGAGAUGAUAAAAAGAGCAAACCAUAACAUAAGUAAAAAACAAAUUUCAGAUAGAAAAAAAUUAGAGAAAAAAGUGAAAAAUCUAACUAAGCAAAAUCUAAGUGUAGAAUUUCCUGAGCUUGAUCCAUUGACCAAACAAGAUAUUCUAGAUAUUUUAGAAGGUAAAGUAAUUGGUCGAAAGAUUUUACACACUUGGAGUGAUGGUGAUACUUGUCAGGAAACUAUUUACAAUGGAAAAAUUGAAAGAAUGAAAAGUAAAAAUAGCCCUUUGUAUGUCAUUGCUUACUGGACUUGCGAAGCUGAUUAUAAUCUGGCAGAAGAUUUUGACAUUUCGAAAUUUGCUUUAGCUGUAGAUUUCCUUAGCAAAGAUUUGGUAUUUGCUAACUAAUUGAUUGCUAAAUAAAAUUAUUUUUUAAAUAACAUUCUUUUUUUUCUUUCGUUGCUUAAUACUUAUACUUUUGUUAAAUUUUGUUAGCCGUUUUCCUUUGUAAGAUCAAAGUAAGAUUAGAGAUAUUAGUUGUAAUAAAUAAUAUCUUAUCUUUUCUUAUGAAAAAAUUAUAGGAAUACAAUUAGAGACGUUAGUUGUCUGAAAUAAGUGAGAUAAUAUUUUAUCUUCUAAAAACUACAGGGGAUGUAGCUAAAGGAUGAUUCACAUAUUAUAUAAUUUAGGAUAGGGAGGGGGUUACAUGUAUUAAUAUCCCUGUUUAUAGUGAAAGUGAUGGGAUUUUUUUUGGGGGAGAGAGAAUGGUAGGGGGGUUAGGUAUAAUGACAGUAAGUAUAAGUGUAAAAGGUUUUUUUUGUUUUUCUAGUUAUUAAAAAUCUAAACUUAAGGAGUUAUUUAAUACUUAAAUUGUUAAAGUUAAUUAUGAAAUAAAUUUUUUAUUGUUUGGGGAAAGAGCGUGGGUGGGUUGUGUUGUAUACUAAAUAGUUUUGCUUGA